GCAAACCCCAAAAUUAAAUCUAUCAUCAGUCAGGCACGCCCGAAAGGGGCGGCAACGCUGUUUUCUCAUCGCCAAAGGUCCUCGUUGGCAACGUAAAUAAACCGGUGUUUUGAGUGAAAUGAGUGUUUUAUACGAAAAUGAGGGAGCUGUAGUUUUAAGCAUGGAAAACUACCUCAAUUCCAUAGCUCCUGUGGAGCCGGCUCUGAAGGUCAAUGGGGAUUUGUUCGAAAUCAUCUCGCCGUACACUUUUAGGGGCGUUGCAAAGGCUAGAAAGCCCCCUUGUUGCAAGCUGCCGCCCAAAAUCAGCGAAGUUCGUAUUAAGUACUGCAAGCUGCUGCCUGUUUUAAGGGAGCAGGGGCUUGUUAAGAAGUUGCAAGGGGACCUAGUUAAAAACACGCGAGCAUUGAACACCGCAGAGUUGGUUUAUGAACAGUCAGGCAAAUGCCCGGUUAGAAAGGUGUCGGGCUGUAAUUGGGGCCCUGCCACCGUCCAAACUAUCCAGGGCUCCAGGUAUAUGUUUCCGGAAAACUGCCAGUUCUUUUGCAAGGACAUUAGGGGUGUUGGGAAAGCGCUGAAUGGCAGGCAGUUUGAUUUGGUGCUUUUGGACCCCCCUUGGUGGAACAAAUACAUUCGCCGCAAGCGGAAAACGUCGCACGCCUACGAAAUGAUGUAUAACUGUGAUUUAAAGGCCAUUCCCGUCGAGGCCUUGUUGAACGAAGGGGGGCUAGUGGCUGUUUGGUGCACCAACUCCACUCAGCACCUCAACUACAUCAAAGAAGAGCUGUUUCCCAAGUGGCAGGCCAACUUAGUAGCCACUUGGCAUUGGCUGAAGGUGACCGUCCAUGGGGAGCCAGUUUGUGAGUUUUCUAAACCUCCAGGUAAGCAGCCCUUUGAGCAUCUGCUGAUUGGCUGCAAAGGGGCACCGAGGGAGGCUGUUCCUCAAAGCAGAUUGCUAGUGAGUGUCCCCAGUGCCAUUCAUUCCCACAAACCAGCUCUAGUCGAGGUGCUGCGCCCCUUUUUGCCUGCCGACAAUCCCGAAUGUCUUGAGCUGUUCGCUCGCUAUCUUUUGCCCAAUUGGACCAGCUUUGGGAAUGAGGUUUUGAGGUUUCAACAUGAGUCUCUGUAUGUGGAGGUUUAGGGGCUUUUCAGAGCACAAAGCUCCGAUGUGUUGUUGGAUUUCCAAAAAAGCCAUUGCUUCUUAGAUUAGAAGCUUCAUUCAGUUGAGAAAUUUUUAGUUUUCUUGAGUGUUUGGCGAAAAUAAAUAAUUUUUGUUAAAA